CAGGUCCCACCAGUAGGGAGAGCAGUGCCUGUGAGUGUUUCUGGACCUCAAGCUCUUCUCACAGAGGGAGGGACGGAAAUGGAGUCCCCCUCAGUCCCUGCUCACAGAGGGUGCGUCCCCUGGCAGGGGCUCCUGCUGGCUGCCUCAAUCUUAACCCUCUGGAGCCUGCCCACCACUGCCCAGCUCACUAUUGAAUCAGUGCCGCCCAAUGCUGCCGAAGGGAAGGAUGUGCUUCUCCGUGUCCACAACCUGCCUGGGAAUCUAAUGGUCUGUAUCUGGUACAAAGGGGAAAAAAUAGACAACAACCUUCGAAUUGCAUCAUAUACAGCACACACUCAAGCAGUUACCCUCGGCCCUGCAUACAGUCAACGAGAGACAAUGUACCCCAAUGGAUCUCUGCUGUUCCAGAAAGUCACCCUGCAGGACACAGGAUACUACACCCUAGUAGCCUUAGACAAAGAUGCUGAGAGCAUACAAGUAACUGGACAGCUCCGUGUAUACCAGCCAGUGGGGAAGCCAGCCCUCCAAGCCAGCAAUGCCACAGUCACAGAGCAUAAGGACGCCCUGGUCCUGACCUGCCUCACCAAUGACAGGGGCAUCUCCAUCCGGUGGCUCUUCAAGAACCAGAUUCUACCUCACAAGCACAGGAUGAAGCUGUCCCAGGACAACAGCAUCCUCACCAUAGACCCUGUCAGGAGGGAGGACACUGGGAGCUUUCAGUGUGAGGUCUUCAACCCCAUCAGUUCCAGCAAGAGUGACCCUCUCAAGCUGGACGUACAAUAUGAUCCAACACUACCAAGUCCUGGCCUCUCAGUUGGAGCAAUGGCCGGCAUCGUGGUUGGCGUCCUGGCUGGCGUAGCUCUGGUAGCAGCGCUGGCGUACUUCCUGUAUGUCAGAAAGACUGGAGGGGCAAGUGACCAGCAUGAUCUCACAGAGCACAAACCUUCAGCCUCCAACAACAGUCAGGGCCACUCUGACAGCUCACCGAACAAGACCCAUGAAGUUACAUAUUCUUUGCUGAGCUUCAGUGGCCAAGAAUCAAAGAAACCAACGUCAGCCUCCCCAUCCCCACCAGCCACAGAGCCAGUUUAUGCGGAAAUAAAAAAGAAGUAAUGCAGCCAGCCCAGCUCACCACACUGCUGCCUGAUUCCAGUCUCAUCCCAUCACCAGGAGACCCCGUUGCCCUCAGGGAAAAGGAGAGGAUGCGACCACAACCCC